GCCGUCGUCUGCAGAGAUGCUGCUCUACGUCUGCUUUCUCCUGUGUGUCCACAUCUGUCACAGCGCUGCAGGAAUCCCCACAGUCAGCACACAGCAGCACACGGACGCUGUGCUCACCUGUCCUCAUGCUCAGGGAGAUGUAACCUGGAGCCGAGCUAUAGGAGGCACCCGGGUGACUCUUCUCACCGUCAGUAACGGUCAUGUGAGCAGCAGUUCGGAGCGCUUUGGUUCCCGUAAGAACAACGAGCUGCUUAUCAGGAAUGUUGUAGAGUCUGAUACUUCGAUGUAUCUGUGCAAUGAGAGGAAGACAGCCUAUCUGAAUGUGACCACAGACCCCAGCAUGGUGGAUCAAACAGUCACAGGGAGAAAGGACGACCCUGACCAGAAGGUGCCGGCUGCAGGUGCAGACACAGCUCCUCCCUCAGACUUGUGGAAAGUUCCUGUUGGCGUGCUGGCAGGAGCUGCACUGGUGCUGUUGUCCAUGUUGACUCUGAGACUGUGGAGGGCCGAGAAAGCAGCGAGGGACACGAGGGCGGUGCUGAGCGAGGUGGUUUAUGAGGAGAUCGGACACGCUGACGUGGAGCCCGGUCCAACCCCCGAGUCCAAGGUGGAAAACCCGUACUGCUGGUCCGAGGUCAGCGACCAGUCAAACACCUCCACAGCACCUGCUGCUCCUCUGUACAGCAACCUGUGCAGGCCCCAACCUGAAGGACACGACUCCGACACCUGCGUGUAUUACCUUACCCAGAAUCCUCUGCAGAUAGGAAGCAGCUGCCAGAGCUCCUCCUGACUUCUUUAAACCAGUUAUCAUGGGUGAGGGGCGGGUCUGACUGAGACUCCUCCCCUGCGUCCUGCUCCUCUCCGGCUAUCGAAGGACCAUCACCUCCAAAAAUGAACUUUCAUUCAGUCAGACAUGAAGGCAGUGACUGAGACCAUGAACCAAUCAGGAAGCAGUUUACUGAGAUCAGCUCUUUCCUCAGCGACUUCUAUUCAAUCAGAACACAGGAGCCCCUCCCACACGCCCUGGAGAGGCCACUUCCAUCUUUUAUAUACAGUCUAAUUAUUUUUACUUUGCUGAAUCAAUUUAUGUACGAAACGUCUUAAAAGAUGAUGAACAGGCUGGAACAGCAGGUGCAGAUCUUUAAUAUUGUGUGUGAAUUUAUAAAAGUGAUUUUUAAAUAAUUGAUGUCAGUUUAUUUCAGAAUCACUGCUCCUCGGAAAGCAAAUAAACAUAUUCCAGUGUUUGCAAACAUGUUCAUGCAGCUGAUAAUAAACUAAAUCAGCAAGAAA